AGAAGUCAGACCUCGGUCCCACUCUUGUUUCUCUCUCUUGAACCACCGAGAUUCGCGCAUGAGCUAACAUCUCUCAACCCAAAAAAGUCCCACAUUCCCAAUUCCAAUCACAUUCAAUGGAAGAACGGCCGGAGACGGAGCUGAUAUCCAUCCCAGCAACGCCGGAGAUACUGACCCCCUCGGGGCAGCGGUCGCCGCGGGCCACCGCGAAGUCGUGGACGCCGACCUCCUUCAUAUCGCCCCGGUUCCUGAGCCCCAUCGGGACGCCCAUGAAGAGGGUGCUGGUGAACAUGAAGGGCUACCUGGAGGAGGUGGGCCACCUCACCAAGCUCAACCCUCAGGACGCCUGGCUCCCCAUCACCGAGUCCCGCAACGGCAACGCCCACUACGCCGCCUUCCACAACCUCAACGCCGGCGUCGGCUUCCAGGCCUUGCUCCUCCCCGUCGCUUUUUCCUUUCUCGGAUGGUAUUGCUAUUCAUUUUCUCUCUUUCUUCACUGCUAAUUUUAAGCCUUGUUUUUCUUUUAUUUCAGUUUGACAUUUCUGAUAAAAAUAGAAUCUUGCCACAAAAUGUCUCUUCUACAUGUUUACUUAUGGUAUGCCUACUUGAUUCUUUUAGGGGAGCGAUUAGGCGUCUGGCUCGCGUUGUUUCCAACCGUUUACCUUUCAGCUGGGACUGCAACUGCUCUAAUUCUAGUUGGAGGAGAGACCAUGAAGUUGUUCUUCCAAACUGUAUGCGGUCCACUGUGUUCCUCGAAUCCUCUGACCACGGUCGAGUGGUAUCUGGUAUUCACAUCUCUGUGCAUUGUGUUAUCCCAACUCCCGAAUCUCAACUCCAUUGCGGGGCUCUCACUCGUAGGGGCUGUCACAGCAAUCACAUACUGCACCAUGGUGUGGGUGCUUUCUGUGAGCCAAAACCGCCCCCCGACCAUGACAUAUGAACCGGUCUCAAUGCCCACCGUAUCAGCUUCCUUUUUUUCUGUACUUAAUGCACUUGGAAUCAUAGCAUUUGCUUUCCGAGGCCACAACUUAGUCCUCGAAAUUCAGGCAACAAUGCCAUCAACCUUCAAAAAACCAGCUCAUGUGCCAAUGUGGAGAGGAGCAAAGGUUGCCUAUGUCUUCAUAGCUAUGUGCAUAUUUCCUGUUGCAAUUGGAGGCUAUUGGGCUUAUGGAAACCUCAUGCCUUCUGGAGGGAUACUAAAUGCGCUGUUCGGAUUCCACAGUCACGACAUCUCUAGGGGUCUCCUGGCUAUGACGUUCCUUCUCGUCGUCUUCAACUGCUUGAGCAGCUUCCAGAUAUACUCGAUGCCAGUGUUUGACAGUUUCGAAGCAGGUUACACGAGCAGGACUAACCGGCCCUGCUCAAUCUGGGUGAGGUCGGGUUUCAGGGUGUUCUAUGGGUUUGUCAACUUAUUCAUAGGCGUUGCACUUCCGUUUCUGUCGAGCCUUGCUGGUUUACUGGGUGGACUUACGCUACCAGUGACGUUUGCAUACCCGUGUUUCAUGUGGGUUCUGAUAAAGAAGCCUCCGAAGUACAGCUUCAACUGGUAUUCGAACUGGAUUCUCGGAUGGUUGGGUAUCGCCUUCAGCUUGGCGUUUUCGAUCGGUGGGAUUUGGAGCAUGGUUAACAGUGGCCUCAAGCUCAAGUUUUUCAAACCAAACUGAUGAUGGGGUUGAAGAGUUGCUCUGAUGUUUGUAGUUUAUGAUAAUAGAUGUUUGUUGUAAUGUGUUUUUGAUCCUUAAAAUGUGGUUUGAGUUGAGAGGGACAUGUGUAUGAUAUUUGUGUGUGAAUUUGUGGUUUUGGAAGUGGAAAUUAGGAUCAGUGUUUUUACCUUUUCCUUUGAUUAA